GGGACCGGCGCCCAGGGAGCGGCGGCAGCGGCGGUGGCGGUGGUGGCUGCAGGCGCAGGCAGGCGGCAGGUGCUAGAAGCCGGGCUGGGCGAGGUGUGUACCCGCUGGGUUCCCGGGCCGCCGCCCCCUCACUGCCAGGGUCUUUCCCUCUUUUCGUGCUCCCCAGCGCGUCCAGCCUGCUGCCUCCGCGCCUCGGCCCAUGGCGCCCCGCGGUUGAGCCGGCGCCGCCAGGGACCCCUCCCGCGGGCCUCCCCGGGGCACGCAGAUCUCGGAGCCGCCCGCCCACCCUCCGCGGAGCCUCCCUCCCCUCCUCGCCCGAGCCGGGCGGGACCAUGGCUGCUAAGCUUCGAGCGCAUCAGGUGGACGUGGACCCGGACUUUGCACCGCAGAGCCGGCCGCGCUCGUGUACCUGGCCCCUGCCGCAGCCCGACUUGGCGGGCGACGAGGACGGAGCACUGGGCGCAGGGGUGGCUGAGGGUGCCGAGGACUGCGGGCCGGAACGCCGGGCGACGGCCCCGACGAUGGCCCCAGCGCCGCCGCUGGGCGCGGAGGUCGGACCGCUGCGGAAAGCCAAGAGCUCCCGGCGGAACGCGUGGGGGAACCUGUCCUACGCCGACCUCAUCACCAAAGCCAUCGAGAGCGCGCCGGACAAGCGGCUCACGCUCUCACAGAUCUACGACUGGAUGGUCCGUUACGUGCCCUACUUCAAGGAUAAAGGCGAUAGCAACAGCUCGGCCGGCUGGAAGAACUCCAUCCGGCACAACCUGUCGCUGCACACCCGUUUCAUCCGCGUGCAGAAUGAGGGUACUGGCAAGAGUUCGUGGUGGAUGCUGAACCCUGAGGGCGGAAAGACAGGCAAGACUCCGCGGCGCAGGGCUGUGUCCAUGGACAACGGGGCCAAGUUCCUGCGCAUCAAGGGCAAAGCGAGCAAGAAGAAGCAGCUACAGGCACCCGACCGAAGCCCCGACGACAGCCCUCCGGGCGCUCCUGUCCCAGGGCCCCUGCCUGCCGCGGCCAAGUGGGCCGCCAGCCCAGCUUCGCACGCCAGCGACGAUUACGAGGCGUGGGCCGACUUCCGCGGUAGUGGGAGACCCCUGCUCGGGGAGGCGGCCGAGUUGGAGGACGACGAAGCCUUGGAGGCCCUGGCGCCAUCAUCGCCACUUAUGUACCCGAGCCCUGCAAGCGCGCUGUCGCCGGCGCUGGGCGCGCGCUGCCCCGGCGAGCUGCCCCGCCUGGCGGAGCUGGGAGGCCCGCUGGGCCUGCACGGCAGCGGAGGCGCGGGGCUGCCCGACGCCCUACUGGACGGCGCGCAGGACGCCUAUGGGCCGCGGGCCCGAGCCGGGACGCCCGCCUACUUUGGCGGCUGCAAGGGCGGCACCUACGGCGGGGGAGGGGGCUUCGGGCCGCCAGCGCUCGGCGCGCUGCGCCGCCUGCCCAUGCAGACCAUCCAGGAGAACAAGCAGGCCAGCUUCGCGCCGGCCGCCGCACCCUUCCGCCCGGGGGCGCUGCCCGCCCUGCUGCCACCCCCGCCGCCCGCCCCGAGGCCCGGCCCGGUGCUGGGCGCGCCCGGGGAGCUGGCGCUGGCGGGCGCGGCCACCGCCUACCCCGGCAAGGGGACGGCCCCGUAUGCGCCGCCGGCGCCCUCGCGCAGUGCCUUAGCCCACCCCAUCAGCCUUAUGACGCUGUCCGGCGAGGCGGGAGCCGCGGGCCUGGCACCGCCGGGCCACGUCGCAGCCUUUGGGGGCCCACCUGGUGGCCUCCUGCUGGACGCAAUGCCAGGGCCAUAUGCGGCCGCAGCCGCCGGGCCGCUGGGUGCCGCUCCUGACCGCUUCCCGGCGGACCUGGACCUCGACAUGUUCAGCGGGAGCCUAGAGUGUGACGUCGAGUCCAUUAUCCUCAACGACUUCAUGGACAGCGACGAAAUGGACUUCAACUUCGACUCAGCCCUGCCUCCACCGCCCCCUGGCUUGGCCGGGGCCCCACCCCCUAACCAGAGCUGGGUACCUGGCUGAGGGCCGCCUCCCAGGUGCCCCGGUCCAUCCCCAAGGGGCCUCUGUCUUCCCAUCCUGAUCCCUGGGUCCCCAUCCCCGAUCCAGCUCCACGGGAGGACCCAGGAGGCAGCCCCAAAUCAGUUAGAGACAGCCCUCAGAAGUUGACCGCAGAGGGAAGAGGGAGAGAGCGAUGGGGCACCCUGUCAUUCCUGUGGAACUCCUGAGACCCGCCUCCCCCUCCUCCUCCAAGGGGCAGGAAGCCAGGGAGAGGAGGCUAAAAUCCACUGGGGAAGAGCAAGGUGGGCCACCUGGUUGGAUGCUGGCCAGGGAAGCCACCUAAGAGAUGGGGCGGGGACGUUUCUGAAUCUUUCAUUUGCGGUGACGUGACGCAUAGCCCACCCCAAACUCCAAUCUGAUUCUCAAAUUGACACUUUCCCCCCAGCUGGUCUUAGUCUCACUACCCGAAGCCAGCAACUCUGGAAAACACAGCUAAAGAUUGGCCAUCCACCCUGAGCAGUUCUCUUCCAGCCCUAAGCCGUCCUCCCACGACUCCCAACCCCACGGUUUAGCCUCUUCCUCCUUUCCUAGCCAGCCCUGGUGUCUCCUCUCCCACGUCAGUCAACCUUUACCAAUCCCCACACCUCCAGUACUGGUGAUAGCCUCUUCAGCAGGCUUCAGCUCCGGAUCCACCCCCCAACCUGACACCCCUUUCUCUGUGCCAGUUCUGGCCCCUCUCCCAUAUUUAUAAGUGUCCAGUCGGGGCGGGCAGUGGGCGCGGUGUCCCCAGCGCGUAUAGUAGGCAGUGUACCGUGGCCGUGCUGUCAGCGUGUGCGUGUGCGUGUGUGCCGUGUUGAGGCCGUGUAGAGUGCAUUGUACAGCAUAUUUUCAUGAAUAAAAUUGUUUUAAAUAUUU